UCCAUUUCCUUUCUGUGAGAGAAGGCUUUUGUCUUUCCUCCUGCAACAAUGUCAAUGUCUGGCAAGGAAGAGUUUCAUGUGAAACAGAUCCUAAGGCUACAUUGGAGGUGGUUUAGUCAUCCCUCUCAAGGGUCGCCCAACACUGGAAACUGCCUUCAGCAGGAAGGAUAUGAGCAUAGAGGGACCCCGGUUCAGGGCAGGUUGAACAACCAUGCUCAGGACAGAAACAGACUGAAAAAGAACAGUCCUUUCCACCCCAACAUACCAACACCAGUGCCAGGACUGGCCCCUGACCAUCAAAGAGCCUUUCAGAAUUGGCACUCACAAAACUUGAUAGAACAUCUUCGAGCAAAUGAAGAUACUCCUAAAGCAGUUUCAGAAGAGAAUUUGUUUAAAGAAGCCUGUGAGAAACACUUACAAGAUUUGGAGAUGAUUGCUGAUGAUAACACAGAAGAUUCUACAGUGAGAUUGGAUACACAAAAUCCUGAAGAAAUGAAUGUCAACAGAUCUGAGGAGCAGUUCCAUGCUAUAAACCAUGCAGAGCAAACUCUCCACAAAAUGGAGAACUACCUGAAAGAGAAACAACUGUGUGAUGUACUACUUAUUGCUGGACACCUCCGAAUCCCAGCCCAUCGGUUGGUUCUCAGCGCAGUGUCUGAUUAUUUUGCUGCAAUGUUUACUAAUGAUGUGCUUGAAGCCAAACAAGAAGAGGUCAGGAUGGAAGGAGUUGAUCCUAAUGCACUUAAUUCCUUGGUGCAGUAUGCUUACACAGGUGUUCUGCAGUUAAAAGAAGAUACUAUUGAAAAUUUGUUGGCUGCAGCUUGUCUCUUGCAGCUGACUCAAGUCAUUGAAGUCUGCUCCAAUUAUCUCAUAAAGCAGCUCCAUCCUUCAAACUGCUUAGGAAUUCGAUCAUUUGGAGAUGCCCAGGGCUGUACAGAGCUCUUAAGUGUGGCACAUAAGUACACAAUGGAACACUUCAUUGAGGUAAUAAAGAACCAAGAAUUCCUCCUGCUUCCAGCUAAUGAAAUUUCGAAACUUCUGUGCAGUGAUGACAUUAAUGUGCCUGAUGAAGAAACAAUUUUCCACGCUCUAAUGCAAUGGGUGGGGCAUGAUGUGCAGGCUAGGCAACGAGACCUAGCAAUGUUGCUUUCUUAUAUCAGACUGCCAUUACUUCCACCACAGUUACUGGUGGAUCUUGAAAACAGCUCUAUGUUUGCUGGUGAUCUUGAGUGUCAGAAGCUCCUAAUGGAAGCUAUGAAGUACCAUCUCUUACCUGAGAGAAGACCUAUGAUGCAAAGCCCUCGGACAAAGCCUAGAAAAUCAACUCUGGGGGCACUUUAUGCUGUGGGAGGCAUGGAUGCUAUGAAAGGUACCACUACAAUCGAAAAAUACGAUCUCAGAACCAACAGCUGGCUACAUAUUGGCACCAUGAGUGGCCAUAGGCUUCAGUUUGGAGUUGCAGUUAUUGAUAAUAAGCUCUAUGUCGUGGGAGGAAGAGAUGGUUUAAAAACUUUGAAUACUGUGGAAUGUUUUAAUCCAGUUGGCAAAAUCUGGACUGUGAUGCCUCCCAUGUCAACACAUAGGCAUGGCUUAGGUGUAACCACACUUGAAGGACCAAUGUAUGCUGUCGGUGGUCAUGAUGGAUGGAGUUAUCUAAAUACCGUAGAAAGAUGGGACCCUGAGGGACGUCAAUGGAAUUAUGUGGCCAGUAUGUCAACUCCUAGAAGCACAGUUGGUGUUGUUGCAUUAAACAAUAAACUAUAUGCUAUUGGUGGUCGUGAUGGAAGUUCCUGCCUCAAAUCAGUGGAAUACUUUGACCCACACACUAACAAGUGGAGUCUGUGUGCUUCAAUGUCCAAAAGACGUGGAGGUGUGGGAGUUGCAGCAUACAAUGGAUUCUUAUAUGUUGCUGGGGGUCAUGAUGCCCCUGCUUCUAGCCAUUGCUACAGGCUUUCCGGCUGUGUGGAACGGUAUGAUCCAAAAAAUGAUUCAUGGUCAACUGUAGCACCUCUGAGUGUUCCUCGAGAUGCUGUUGCUGUAUGUCCCCUUGGAGACAAACUCUAUGUGGUUGGAGGAUAUGAUGGACAUACUUAUUUGAACACUGUUGAGUCAUAUGAUGCACAGAAAGAUGAAUGGAAAGAGGAAGUUCCUGUCAACAUUGGAAGAGCUGGUGCAUGUGUUGUGGUGGUGAAGCUGCCAUAA